CGGUGCCAUCCCGCCCAUGCCUAUUUCCAAAAACAAAACAUUGAAAAUUGUGCUGGAGUGUUGAAUUUUGAAAAUAAUUUAAUAAAUUAACAUCUUGCUGAGAAAUAAUUAAUAAUGAACGCGCCACCGACCUUCGAAUCAUUCCUUUUGUACGACGGUGAAAAAAAAAUCGUCAAAGAAGUUGAUGCCAAAGUACCAAACGCAGUAAUAUUCACAAUCAAUAAAGAGGAUCACACUUUGGGAAAUAUGAUCAGAAAUCAGUUGCUGAAAGAUCCCAAUGUUACAUUUGCUGGCUACAAAGUACCCCAUCCCUUGGAGCAUAAGUUUGUCCUACGCAUACAAACCACUUCUGACUACUCGCCACAAGAUGCCCUCAUGCAUGCGAUUACUGAUUUGAUUUCUGAAUUGUCUCUAUUCGAGGAACGUUUCAAGGAAGCGGUCAAAGAGAGAAAAGAAGGAUUGGAAUAAUUAUUAAAUUGUGUAUUUUGUAAGAGAUUUUUAAAUAAAAGAAAAAUAAUAUUUUUUUUUACAUUACAUAGAUUAAAAUUAAUUUAGGAGGAUGGUUCCUUGAACUAAUUUUAGCUAAGAAUUACAUUAGAAAUAGUUUUGGAGGAAAUCAAGUAAUGUGGUUAUUGUAAAUUAACAAGAACUUACAUGUGAUAGGUCCACCUAGUUCUUACUUUGCUAAACUCGAGACAGGGUUAUUUAGUUUUUUUUCUCUAUUAUUAUAUAAAGUUACCUAGGUAUGCCAUGAGAAUGUUUCCAUAAAAUCAAGUUUGAUUCAAAAUAAAGUGCUUUUUUGAA